CCCAGCCCAGCUCAGAGGGCAGUGGGACAGGUUCCAGAGGUCCUGAGGAGGUGGAGAAUGGAAGGAAGGAUAUUCCAAGUUGAAGAAACACCAAUGAAAAGGAAGAGGCCUGAGAGCAAAAGGUCUCCACUGAGGAUGAAGUUGUGACAUCAAAGUCUUCCAGCCCUUAGCAGUCAUCUGCCCCUGAAGCCGUAGGCCACACACGCCCAAUGCUCUGCCUCUGCUUACUUUUGGUCAGACUCUGGAGAGCCUCCAGGGUACCACCCUGGAGGUAAGCCAUGCUCAGACCUUGGUGUGCCCCAUGAUGCCUCAGUCUAGCUUCUCUACACAUAUUGGCACCAUGUUUGCCAACUCCUCAGCCAACGCCUCUUCUACCAACAGCUCUGAGAUCCCGUGCCCUGACUAUCAGAGCACCCAUCAUCUGCACAUGGUGGUCUACAGCCUGGUGUUGACGGCCGGGAUCCCACUCAACGCCCUGGCCCUCUGGGUCUUCCUCCGGGUGCUGCGCAUACAGUCGGUAGUGAGCGUGUACAUGUGCAACCUGGCGGCCAGCGACUUGCUCUUUACCCUGUCGCUGCCUUUGCGCCUCUCCUACUAUGCAAGGCACCACUGGCCCUUCCCUGACUUCCUGUGCCAGAUGUCGGGCGCCAUCUUCCAGAUGAACAUGUACGGCAGCUGCAUCUUCCUGAUGCUCAUCAACAUAGACCGCUACGUGGCCAUCGUGCACCCGCUGCGACUGCGCCACCUGCGGCGGUCCCGCGUGGCGUGGCGGCUCUGCCUGGGCGUGUGGGCGCUCAUCCUGGUGUUUGCCGUGCCCACUGCCCGCGUGCACAGGCCCUCGCCCUGCAGGUACCAGAACAUCACGGUGCACCUGUGUUUCGAAAGUUUCAGCGAUGGGCUGUGGAAGGGCCGGCUGCUGCCGCUCCUGCUGCUGGCGGAGACGCUGGGCUUUCUGCUGCCUCUGGCGGCCGUGGUCUACUCGUCGUGCCGGGUCUUCUGGACACUGGGGAGGCCCGACGCCACGCAGAGCCAUCAGCGACAGAAGACCGUGCGCCUCCUGCUGGCCAACCUCGUCAUCUUCCUGCUGUGCUUCGUGCCGUACAACGCCACGCUGGCUGUGUACGGGCUGCUGCGGGCAGGACUGGUGAUGGCCAGCCAGGGGGCCCGAGAGCAGGUGCGCGGGGUGCUGAUGGUGGUGGUGCUGCUGGCCAGCGCCAACUGCGUGCUGGAUCCGCUGGUGUACUACUUCAGCGCCGAGGGUUUCCGCAACACCCUUCGCAACCUGGGGACUCCGCUCCGUGCCAGAACUUUGGCCACUAACGGGACUAGAGGAGCGCUCACCGAAGCACCUUCAGAGUCCACUCAAACCACUGGGCAUGAUGCCACCAGUCAAGGUCUACUCCACCCCCCUCAUCCUGGAACCCCUUUUAACCAGUGCCCCCACGAUACGGCCCUCUGAAGCUCAUGGGAGCAUAGUGUGACAGGCUUAGAAGUGUGCAUUUCAGAGAGGUGGGCUAGGCACUUGGACUCCUGAGGCAAUGCCAGCUCUAGUGCGCAGAAGGGAACACGUGUGGAAGCAAGGGUAGAGGCAAGAAAGUGCUGCUGGUGACAACUUCAACCUGGUGGAUAUUACAGGAACUCCUCUUUAGUGUGUAGGAAGCCAUGCAAGGAGGCUGCCCAUGGCUAAGAGCUGGUAAAUGGAACAGAAGAUGGAUAUCCUGGAUUUAAAUCAUCAGUCUGAGAGCUGAAGAGCCCCAGACCUUAGUGGAUCAACUACAC